AUGGCACGUAGGAAUGGGCAGCGCGAAGAAGCUUCCCAGUCUGCAAGCAAGGUGAGCGAGGCGGAACGUUCGACCGGAGAGGAAGAAAAAGCACAUAUAGACGAAGAAAUCUGGACCGAAGAAGACGAUUCGUAUCAAGAAGAAGAACCAAGCUCAUCUAGCUCACCAAGUUCAUCGAGCGAAGAAGAAGAUGAUGGCCCUCCGCAACCACGAGCAAAGCAGACUGCUAGAAGAGGGGACCAUCUAGGAUUCCUGGCGCGAAUGGCCGGCAGAAGCUCAAUCAGGAAUGCACACUCCAGCACUCCAGAGGCGGAAGAAGAAAGUCGUCCAGGCCCACGGAAGCAGCAAACUGCUCGGCGUGGCGAUCACGCAGGCUUUCUUGCGCGCAUGGCUCUUCGAAACGGACAGGUUACCAAAUCAAGCGGUCCCUCAAAUGAAGCACCAGGUCGUCCGAGUCGUCUGGGAAAGCAGACAGCACGUCGGAGCGGGUUGGCAGCCAGUGAUUCGAAGCGCUCCGUUCAGAAUCGUGUCAAUGACCCCAUCGAAGAUAUAGAAUGGGACAUUACAGGUGACUGGGAAAUUGAAUGCGACACGCUCGCCAACUGGAGUGGCUACGGCCCGCAAAAACUCAGCCUGGCGAUAUAUCAUGAUAAAGCGCGACCGGGCGGUCACAUGGCCUUCUUUGACUUCCACAUCAGCGAGGGUAUCAUGCGUAUCACUUGUCCGACACCGAGGACCACGGACAAGAAAUUACGAGCGACCUACGUCUAUCGAGGAAGAGAGACAGGCGAAGGGGAGAUUCUGAUCGGGUCAGACAGUCGUGUCUAUAAAAUUGUGUUCAAGGAUAGGGGGACGAGGCUGAAAGGGAAAUACGCUGGUGCAGGCUCUGAGCGGGUUACUUUCACAGGAUCGAAAGUGAAAAGAGGAUUGCAGCGUCGAACCUCGAGCACAAAUCGGUGGGAAUCUUUCUCAGAAGAGGAGUGGGCAAGGGCUUCAGUGGGUCGAUGGGGUGGAUGGGUAGGAUGA